UUUUUUUUUUAGUCUUGCUUUUCAUUUGUACAUACACACAUUCUAUUAGCAUUUUAUUACCAUGUCAACAAAGGUUCGGUUAAAAUAAUACAUUAGAAGAAAAAAAAAGUGUGUGUGUGUGUGGAAUGUUAUAAGAGCAACUCCAAGUAACAAACAUUUAUGUAUUAGAGUCUUUUAGAAAAUACACCCUUCGUGUAUCCCUGUAAUAUUUAUAAAGAAAACACAAUACCUAUUUUGAAAGAUCAUUAUGUAUCUGAUCAAUGUAAAGAAAAUGUCAAAAAUAUACUAAAUAGGACAAAAAAUCCAUUGUCAGCGCAUGUAGACGUUGUUAUACCAAAAUAUGACCGCAAUCACAGUAAUAGACGCACUAACGUGUAUAUGAACCAAUUUACUUAAUUAUAUGUCUCUUUUAGAUGAACAAUCUCAAUUGGAAUAUUUUAAAACUUUUUUCGGCAAAAGAUAUCGAUCACAUCAAGAGCAAACACCUCAAAAGGAAAAUAAACAAAAAUCCAUGUAUCAACAUCGUACACAAAAUGCAUGCAUUUUCGAAUCUUCCGUCUCGAAACCUAUCAAAGAGUUUAUUGAAACAGAACAAUCCUAUGUCAAUCAAUUAGAAGAAAUAGUUUACAAGAUUAUGAAACCAAUUAGGGAAUCAAUUGUAGAUCCUAAUAAAACUGCUAUAUUAGAUCAAUAUUCAUUUAACAGAAUAUUUAUUAAUAUGGAAGAUAUUUUGAACGUAAAUAAAUCAUUUCUAUCUUCCUUAAAAGAAUAUCAACAAGGAUCUAUUACAGAAUCAUUUGGACACAUAUUAUUAAAGCAUUUUUCAAAGUUCGACUGUUAUAAAAUAUUCUUUUUAGGCAAAUCCAAUUCUUUAGACUGUCAUACACAAAAUAUUAAACAAAAUAAAAUUUAUUCGAAAUUUUUACUGAAUAAAGAAUUUAAAGGAAAUCUCGGUAUAAGUGAUGUUUUGAUCUCACCUAUUCAACGCAUGACAAGAUAUACUUUAUUAAUUCAAGUUAUUCUUAAUGCUAUGAGCCCUAAUGAUGUUGAUAUUGAAAACCUUCAAGAAGCUAAUACAAAGAUUUCUAAUAUUAAUGACAUGAACUAUGGUGAUUCGUCGUUGCUUAAUUUGUAUCACCUCAUACGUGAUGCACCUGCAUCAUUAAUUCAAACACGCCAAUUACUCGGCUAUUUUGAUGUAACUGAACUUUCUCUUUUAUCAGGAAAACCAAGUAGACCGGUGACAAUUCUUGUAUUUACAGAUAAGCUAAUGGUAGUUAAACGAAAGAAUUAUAAUAUUCAAGGAAAGGAUUACUUGGAAAAUAUAGAAGAACAAAUUAAAAAUACAGCCACAAGUACAAUGCUACAAAAAGCCAAAGAGGCCUAUCAUGGUUUACCCUUUGAGUUUAAAGGCUGGGUAGAUAUAAGAGCGGUGGAGAUCUUUGACGGCCUUGAUGAUCGACCUAUAACUUUCUUUUUAAGGAGUUGUUUACCUAAACAAAGUUCAAAUGCUACUGAAAAGGAAUGUGAAAAUUACUUUAGAAGAAGUGAUCGUCUUUAUUCUAUUCUACCGAAUGAUAAUCGUAGUAAUGGUUUAAAUGCUUAUCUAGAAAAGAAACAAGAAUUGAUUACUCUAUGUCAGAAACAAUUUGCAGUAUCAAAACUAAAAGAUACGACAAAUGAGCUAUACUAUGAGAGUAAAUUUAAACGACCCACAUAUACACAUAUUUAUGACGAACAAACAUAUCAUCAAGCUGAGUAUAAAAAUCAUAUCUUGAUCAUUUAUACCGAAGAUAAUCAUCCUGUACAGCAUAUAGAUUUAAAUACUCUCAUUAAUAACGAUGUUUGGAUUGUUAUUCUUAUUACUCGUCAUAAAUCAGGAGGAUAUAAACCUAUCAUACGUUCAAGAACUAAUUUGAUCCCUAUUCGUGAAAUGAGUAGAGAAAUUGAAUAUGAAUUCAUGGUUAAUAAUGAUGAUCAACAUAAGCAUGACAAAAAUGCCCCACUUAAUUUUAUUGAUACUUUAUGGAAUAACAUAUUUUUUUACGAAAGAAGAUUAAGAGCCACAGAAGCUUUCUCUUGUAUUCAUGAUGGAUUAUUGAGAACUCGAGGUAGAUCUCGUUCAAGAUCAAAGUCACUUACUCGAGCCGCAAGUCAUAUAAGUAUUGGCAAGCUUUUUGCUAGAUCUCGAUCAUCAUCACCUUCUAAACAACAUACUUUAUCAAAAGAGCAACCAGAUAUCAUUGAUCAAGCAGUGGCCACUCAUGUAUCUGAUCCUAUAUUCAAAGUAGCAUCCGUUCAUAAAUAUACUGAGAAUCCAUUUCAACCAACUCAUGAUCCAUCUUAUACAUCAAAUCCCAUUCAUGAUAGUUCACAUAUCUUACGUAAUUCAAAGCCAUCUAAAAUAGAUACAAAGUCUCAUCAUUGGCAGAAUACCAAAAUGAACCGUUUUGCUACCUCUGAUGUAUUUACACAAAAAAAUAAUGAUAUUAACUUUAUUGACUGUUUUAGUGAAACAGUACCUCAACAGAGACAACAAGAGAGUUUGCUUUAUUCUGGUACUAAUGGCGACCAAGAUAAUUCUUAUCAUCGUCCAUAUCCUUAUACACGUCGACACUUUCUUCAUAAUCCAGAUAGCCAGUCACCUGAAACUCUCUUUCGUCCCUCUAGUGAUAGUAGUAGUGCAUCGUCUUCUAAUGACUCGAUCCCUCUAGACUCUGCUCCUUAUUAUCUUUCACGUAAUUCAAUUUCAGGAGAUUCAUCUAGUUAUCACCCUUAUAGUUCAGUCAGUAGCUAUAACAGUAGUCUUCGAAGCUACUUUGAUGAUCAAAACAGUGACUAUAGCUUUGAUCCACGUGAUAGACAUGGCUCAAUCAAGAGUACUAAUAGUAGUUUAUAUGAAGAGAAACUUAUGAGUAUUAUCGAUGGCUCAAGGAGAUCUAGCAGUCGAAGAGCAUCUCUUCAUCCUUCCUUUUACACUCAACCUCAAGCACCUGUCAAUUCUACUACUCAGCGACCUCGUUCUUUUAAUCCAAACGAAAAUUCAAUAGCAAUGAAUAUUGAACUAUUGAAAACUGAUUUUGAUCAUUUAAUAGAUCAUUUAAUUCGAUCGCAACAGCAACAACUGAAUGCUCAAGAUAGAAAGCAUUAUUAUGACACCGCUUGUGAAAGUAUAUGUGAUUUAAGAUCUCAUAUUAAUUCCAAAAUUGAUGCUUUUAUGAAUAAUACAAGUCAUCAUAGUCAAUAACGUCAAUAUUAACUUCAUUAAGCAUAUUAGUUGUGUUUUAUACCAUUCAUCUAUUCUAUAACAUCUAAAGCAACUUUACUUAUUUGCAUAUAAUAGCCGUCCACCUCCUCUCCUCUCCACUCUUUUUUUUUUUCAAUUGUAUAAUAGUUUUAAAAAUCAAAUAUUUACACACAUGUAUUCUCCCUCCUCUUCUGACUAUAUAUAUACACAGUCUUCUUUAUAUCUGAAUAAAAAAAAACACA